ACAUAUACCACACCUAUAACAAGAUGGCCUCUAGUUCUUCUGAAGCAGCUAGAAGAGAAUUUGAAGCUGUUAAUUCAAUACAAACUGUACCAAGUGUGGACUCCAUUUAUAAGUUUAGCUAUGAGGAACAGCAAGAGAUACUGUCCAAGAAACCAUGGGAGAAAGAUGUUCACUAUUUCAAAGAUAUUAAGAUAUCAGCUCUUGCUUUGUUAAAGAUGGUAAUGCAUGCUCGUAGUGGGGGGCGUUUAGAGAUUAUGGGUCUUAUGUUGGGUAAAAUUGAUGGCCCCACAAUGAUAGUGAUGGAUUCCUUUGCUCUACCAGUGGAGGGAACUGAGACCAGAGUGAACGCCCAAGCAGGAGCAUAUGAAUACAUGUCACUGUAUAUAGAAUCAGCUAAAAAGGUAGGUCGGCCUGAGAAUGCGUUAGGAUGGUACCACAGUCACCCAGGGUAUGGGUGUUGGCUCUCAGGUAUUGACGUUGAUACUCAAAUGCUUAAUCAGAAGUUUCAGGAGCCAUGGGUUGCUAUUGUGGUUGAUCCUAUCAGGACAAUGUCUUCUGGUAAAGUGAAUUUAGGAGCUUUUAGAACUUAUCCAAAAGGUCAUAAAUUAGCUGAUGAAGGCCCUAGCGAAUAUCAAACCAUUCCUCUGGAGAAAAUUGAAGAUUUUGGUGUACACUGCAAACAGUAUUACAGUUUAAACGUCUCCUAUUUCAAAUCAAGUUUGGAUUCUCAUUUGCUUGAUCUGCUGUGGAACACAUACUGGGUCAACACUCUCUCAUCUUGUUCACUUUUAACAAAUGCUUCUUACACAACUCAACAAAUUAGUGACUUGAAUCAGAAGUUAGAAAGAGCAGAGCAUCAGGGACAUGGAGGAGGUAGUUUUGGUAAACCUUUCGAUAAAGGAGAGAAACUGACUAAAGCAUCUCAAGAUUGUUCAAAAUUGACCGGUGAAGUUGUUCAAGGUUUGAUGGGACAAUUAAUUAAAGAUCAACUAUUCAACAGAUCAAUAAAAUAAUAAUAAACAAGACUUAUUGUUGACAGUUAUUGAUUUUAUUUACAAUUAACAUUGUUGUGUUAUUGUUCUUCAUAUUA